CAUCGAGUAUAUCCAUCCAUAGCAGAAGGCCUUGUCUCCAGAACCAUACACCUCUCCUUUGACUCGUUCUCACACCUUGAUUUUCAGAUCUUCACCCCUGACUUUGCCUUUGUCUUCUCUCGUCCUUAAUUAUUGUUUGAAACUACCAUCAUAUGUCAUGGCCACCCCUGGCGUUCAGAUCACCGCGACAAAUAAAUCUCCGCUGAUCCUCAUCGUGACAUGGCUACUGCUCGUCCUCGCCGCGUUUGCCUACAUUAUACGCUCCAUUGUCAAGAUAUCGCGCCAGGCCAUGCGCUUUGGAAUCGAUGACUAUCUACUCACAGGUGCAUUGUGCUUUUGCGCCGCACAGUCGCUGGCUACCAUCCUCCGAGCGGCAGAUGGGUUUGGAAAACCCUUCGACACUUUGUCUGUCGAAAAAGUGAACAAGAUCACGGAAGCCGCCAUGGCGGCGAACGUCCUCUACGUUGUGUCCUUAGCUUUGUCGAAACUGUCCCUCCUUCUCCUUCUAGCCAAAAUAUCCCCGAAUAAACGACACAAUCAAGUCAUGCACGGCAUCAGCCUCUUUGUUGUUCUUUUUACUUUUAUUUCUAUCUUUGUGGUCUCCUUUUCCUGCUCGGUGCCGAAAACAUGGGAUUACGCUUCUGGAAGGUGUAUCAAUAGGACCGUAUGGUGGAUCGUCUUCGAUGCGUACAACAUCAUCACCGAGGCCGCCUUGAUCUUCAUACCUAUCUACAUUAUCGGCCUGGUACAGUGGCCUAUCUCACACAAGGUUGUGGUCUCCACUCCUUUCGUAUUACGGAUAUGUACAAUUGCAGCUUGCAUUAUUGAUAUGGUGCUGUGGCAUAGCGUCUCGACCGCCACAGACCCUUACUUUGCGGAAUGGACCGUUUCCGUGACCACGCAGGUUAUCCAGUGCAGCUGUCUAGUGUGCACGUGUGUCCUAUACCUGCGAAAUUUCCUUUCGAGUAUUGAAACCGGAUUUGGGCUGGAUGGAGAUUUGUCGGCAUCGAUCCCUCUUAAAGAUCGCACUACUGCGGGUUACAAUCUUUCUUCGGAAAGGUUGACCGACUCUGUGGGAAUGCCGGGGCAGAUUCAGGUCACCACAAGGUAUGAGGUGCAUACAGAGACGGUGUAUGGGGUGGAGUCAGGGGGGGAAGAAUGAUUUUACUGAAAACCUUAUCACCUCUGUAUCAGUAGUUAUCUGGAUUAUGCGUAUAUCAUAGGCUGGAAAUGUGUAUGUUACUCAGUGUGCAUUUUGUAAAUAUGCACUAGCUCAAGAACAUAGACUCAUAUGAAACCGUCUUAU